GGCCGAGCCCAGAGGAUGAACAAAGAUGCAGAGGAGCUGGAAUCGAGGUUGCAGCGCCUGGAUCUGAGCGUGGAGGCGGCGGUGCCCGUGGGGACAGGUCUGGCCUUUGACGAGCGGCUCACGGAGUUCCACUGCCUGUGGGACGACAGCUUCCCCGAGCGCCCGGAGAGACUCGCGGCCGUCAAGGGAAAGUUGCUGCAAUGCGGCCUAUGGGAGCGCUGCGUCCCGGUGGAGGCCCGGCUGGCUACCGAGGAAGAGAUUCUGCUAGCCCACAGCCAGGAGUACGUGGAGCUGAUGAAGUCGACGGAGCAGAUGAGCGAGCAGGAGCUCAGGGCCCUGUCGGAGACGUACGACUCCGUCUUCCUGCACCCGGGUUCGUACCGCGGCGCCCGGCUGGCUGGCGGCUGCGUCCUGCGGCUGCUGGAGAAGGUGCAGAGCGGGGAGCUGCGCAACGGGCUGGCGUUGGUCCGGCCGCCAGGACACCACGCCCACCGAGAUAAGAUGGAUGGUUACUGCAUGUUCAACCACCUGGCCAUCGGGGCCAGAUACGCCCGGCAAAAACUGGGAGUGGAACGAGUCCUGAUCGUCGACUGGGACGUUCACCAUGGGCAGGGCACCCAGUUCCUCUUCGAGGAGGAUCCCAGCGUUCUCUAUUUCUCCGUCCAUCGCUACGAGCAGGGGAGGUUCUGGCCCCACCUUCCGGCUUCCGACAGCCCCGCCGUGGGGCAGGGCCGCGGAGAGGGAUUCAACAUUAACGUGCCGUGGAACGCGGUGGGAAUGAGGGACGGGGAUUAUCUCGCUGCCUUUUUACACGUCUUACUGCCAGUGGCCUUUGAGUUCCAACCCCAGCUGGUUCUGGUGGCCGCCGGGUUCGACUCUGUGCUCGGGGACCCCAAGGGCGAGAUGGCUGCGUCGGCCGCGUGCUUCGCGCACCUGACUCAUCUGCUCAUGGCCCUGGCGGGAGGCAAGGUGCUGCUGUCUUUGGAGGGUGGCUACAAUCUGACCUCCCUGGGCGAGGGGGUCUGUGCGGCCCUGAGGACCCUCCUGGGGGACCCCUGUCCCCAGCUGGAGCCGCCUGUUGCCCCCUGUCGCAGCGCUCUGAGCUCCGUGUCCAGGACGCUCGCGAUCCACGAGAAAUACUGGCGGAGCCUGCGGAGAGGGGAGGCCGACACCCCCCCAGAGGAUGUGGAAGAGGAGCCAGCCCCCACGACCCUCCCAGAUCCCCGUGAGGUGCCACGACCCCUCCCGGCUGCCCGCACCGGCCUGGUGUAUGACGAACGCAUGACGGAGCAUUACAACAUGUGGGACAGCCAGCACCCGGAGCUGCCCCAGCGGGUGUCCCGCAUUUUCCAGCGCCACGGGGAGCUCCGGCUCACGGAGCGAUGCCGCCGCAUCCCGGCCCGCAGCGCUGACGAAGAGGAGCUGAGAAUGUGCCACAGCCCGGCGUACGUGCAGACGGUGAAGGCCACGGCCGGCAUGAAGCCGCGGGAGCUGCACCGCCAGGGGGACCAGUACAACUCCAUCUACAUCUGCGCCAGUUCCUACGAGUGCGCCCGGCUGGCGGCCGGCUCUGCCUUCAACGCCGUGCGAGCCGUGCUGGAGGGCGAGGUGCAGAACGCCGUGGCCAUUGUCCGGCCCCCCGGGCAUCACGCCGAGUCCGACAGAGCCUGUGGCUUCUGCUUCUUCAAUUCGGUCGCCCUGGCAGCUCGGUUCGCGCAGCGCCUGGCGGGACGGCCCAUGAGGGUGAUGAUCCUGGACUGGGAUGUUCACCAUGGCAAUGGUACCCAGCACAUGUUUGAGGAAGAUCCGAGCGUGCUGUACGUCUCUCUGCACCGUUACGACCACGGCACCUUCUUCCCCACCUCUGAGGACGCCGACGCUGACCGGGUGGGGGAGGGGCCGGGCCGCGGCUUCACCCUCAACGUGCCCUGGAACGGCCCCCGCAUGGGUGACGCCGAGUACCUGGCCGCCUUCCACCGCCUGGUGCUGCCCGUCGCCUACCAGUUCGCCCCAGAGCUGGUUCUGGUGUCGGCCGGGUUCGAUGCCGCCCGCGGGGACCCGCUGGGGGGCUGCCUGGUGAGCCCCGAGGGCUACGCCCACAUGACCCACCUCCUGCUGGGGCUGGCAGGGGGCCGGGUCGUGCUGGUACUGGAGGGAGGCUACAACUUGGUGUCGAUCUCCGAGUCCAUGACCAUGUGCACCCGGACCCUGCUGGGGGACCCGCUGCCCGAGCUGGGGCGCCUGCGAGCUCCACACCCCAGUGCCCUGCACUCGCUGGCCCGGGCGAGCGCCGAGCACCGCAGAUACUGGGCCUGCCUCCAACUGGACGUGCCGAUCCGGGAGGACUCAAGGCCCCGAUCCGGGCAGCCAGGCCCCAUCCGGGAGGACUCCCCACCAGAGGAUCCCUCCGAGGGCUUGGCUGAUGACAUCCUGAGGCUGGGAGCCCAGCUGAGCCCUGACUCCACCCUGCUGGGCGGGGUCCCUGGAGGGGAGGAGCCUCCAGCUGCAGCUGCAUCAGAGGACCCCCCCAGCCUCCUGGACGAAGCAGCCGCCCUGCUCCCCUCCCCCUCCGUCAGCCUGGAGGUGGAGUUCGCAGACACGGGGAUGCUCUACGCCGUGACCCCUCUGCCUUGGUGCCCCCACCUGGACUCUCUCCAGCCCCUUCCCCCGGCCGGGCUGGACGUGCUGGCGCCGUGUGAGGAAUGCGGCAGCCAGGGCGAGAACUGGGUCUGCCUGGACUGUUACCGGGUGCUCUGCGGGCGUUACGUCAAUCAGCACAUGCUGGCUCAUGGCUCCGUUUCCCGCCACCCCCUGGUGCUGAGUUACGCCGACCUGUCGGUCUGGUGCUACACCUGUCAAUCAUACGUCCAUCACCCAACCCUGCUGCCAGCCAAGGCCCUGGCUCACCGCAUGAAGUUCGGGGAGGACCCGGCCACUGGGCUCUGAGCCCUGCGCCACAGGAAGGGGGGGGUGUUCAGAUCCCCCCUCCCCCCGCUCCCGCCAUGAUGGACCAACCCACUCUCUUAAAGGGCUACAGCUGUGCCAAACAACUCACCAGCAGCGAGGAAGGACUCUUUCUCCCCCCC